CCUUGCGGCUGGAGCAGCCGGCGCUGCACGACCGCGGUGUCCGCAUUUUGAACAAAGGCAGGAUGCAGAAUUUCGCUCUGCACGGGAAGACGGGACAUUUAGUGACGGCGGAGAGGAUAGACAGAGAGCAGCUGUGCGAGAGUGUGCAGCAAUGCGUGCUCCGCUGUGAGGUGAUCGUGGAUGGGGAAAUGCAAAUUUACAGAAUCGAAGUGGAAAUCACGGACAUUAACGACAACGCCCCCAGCUUCAGGAAUGUUGAACUGGAGGAGAGAAUGAGCGAGAUGACAGCCCCAGGGUCGCGGUUUCCCCUGCCCGAGGCUCACGACCCGGACGUGGGAGCGAAUUCCGUGCAGACCUACGAGUUGAGCGGCGACGAGCACUUCUCGCUGGCCGUGCAGGAGGGCCCCGGCGGGGACCAGCGUCCCGAGCUGGUGCUGGCGAAGGCGCUGGACCGGGAGGAGGCGGCGUUUCACGAGCUGGUGCUGAGGGCGAUGGACGGCGGAGAGCCGAGGCGGACGGGCACGGCGCGGAUCCGCGUGUCGGUGCUGGACGCGAAUGACAACGCGCCCGUGUUCAGCCAGGCGGAGUACACGGUGCGUGUGCCAGAGGACGUUCCCGUGGGCUCCACUUUGGUCACUGUCACGGCCACCGAUGUCGACGAAGGGAUGAACGGCAAUGUUAAAUACUCGCUGAAGAAAAUCACAGAGAAAGCCGCACAGAUUUUCCAGUUGGACGCCGAAACCGGAGCGAUCUCACUGGUGCGAACUCUGGACUUCGAGGAAGGUGACUCGUACGAACUGGAGGUGCAGGCAAGGGACAGAGGAGAGCUUUUCGACACGGCGAAAGUCGCAGUCACGGUGAACGACGUGAACGACAACGCUCCCCAUAUUUCUGUGCGGUCGGCGCUGAGUGAGAUCUCUGAGGACGCCACGCCGGGGACGGUGGUGGCCCUGCUGCACGUGCAGGACAGGGACUCGGGGGCCAACGGCGACGUGCGGUGCUCCCUGGACGGCGGCGUCCCGUUCCAGCUGCGGAGCUCGCGGGGCAGUUACUACAGCGUGGUGACUGCACAGGAGCUGGACCGGGAGGAGGUGUCGGCGUACAACGUGACGGUGCGGGCGUCGGACGGCGGGGCGCCGCCGCUGUGGAGCAGCGCGUCGCACUUCGUGGGCAUCGACGGCGUCCGCGCCUUCCUGCACUCCUACUCGCACGAGGUGUCGCUCACGGCCGACUCGCGCAAGAGCCAGCUCCGCUUCUCGGGCGGCAGCUGCUGCGACACCCUGCCGGCCCGCCCGCCGCCCGACGAGCCCGCGCCGCUGCUCGGGGAGGACCCUGCCGCCGCCCGCCGCGCCGAACCCGACCCCGACCCCGACGCUCCCCCGAAAGGGUGA